AUGGAGAACUUUCAGGAUAAUCUACGACGAAGAGGGACGACCUUGCAUUCGGAUACCUCUCAUGACGUGCGAUGCAAAACACGUCCGCUUCCGUCCGCGCAAACCAAAGGCAAGGGAUUUGAAGACCUAGGAAGUAGCUUCGCUCGGCCUUCGAAGCAACCUCCCAGCUCCCAAAGCAGAGUGACGCGGUCUCAAGACAAAGGGGAGGUGAAAGUGGCUACUCGUGACAUUCGCACCACUAUUUGGGACACAGGCAGUGAGGACAGCGAUGACGAGUUGGACAUGCUUUCAAGGCGAUCUAUUUCGCGCGAAGUUUCCUUCUCUCCAGGAACGUCAUCCAAGAAGCCCACUGCGUCUCAGAAACCUCUCUCUAACAACCAAGGUGUCGUCAUUGACGGUCAAUUCCACGAAUAUAACCCGGCAUUUCUUCCGAAGAAAUCCUUACCCAGUUUCAGGAAGAAUAAGAAAGGUCUCGAUGCCGAUACUGGCUCUGGACCUCUUUUGAGCCAACCAUCUACGUCCUCUGCACGCGUGACGGCCGAAAGCUCUACAUCGAGAUUUCCCACACCGGAGCCUUCAGGCUCAUCACAACCACGGAAGGCCUCAGGUGCACGUCCAAAGCCGAGAGCAGCUCAUGCAGGCACGCGGAAACUAGCUCUUGAGACGAGCCCUCCUCCACCUCCAAAGCGCACGUCCGCGCGGAAGGGAAGGCGGGAACAAAACUCUCCACUCAACGAACUGAGCUCUAACCAUGACCGACCGUCCUCUGAGCUAAUACAUCAUCAAGACAUUGAAGACGACCCGAAGACCCCUCGUCCUCAGAGACCAAGGCCUCGCCCUGUCCGCAAGGGAGCACGGACUCCGAACCCACAGCCUUUUCCGAUGCCACCGCCUUUCCUUGACAGCGGCGACGAGGAUACCCAGAGAAUGAAAGACCGCAAAGGGGUGAAUGGGAAGGGCAAGGCGAAGGAGCAGUGUAAUCCUAUUGAAGCACUAUCCCCUCUUUCCUCGCAGAAGCACAACGAUCGCUUAACGCCUCCGCCGCGGCCGCUACUUGCCUUUCCGGAGUUGUCACCAUUGUCGUCCGUACAUCAAGACAGUCCCUCUCAACGUUGCAAGGUGCUUGAGAGCAUCGGUCACUCUCCAGGGAAGCGUUUGUCGGAGGACGAUUGCGACGUGGUGGUUGAUGAGGAGGCCCAGAGAGAGCGGAAGAGGAGAAGGGCCAACCCGAAUGCGAUAUUGGCCGAACUCAUGCGUGGGGAUGGCGAUGAUGACCUUGAUGAGGAUGAUCUGCUAUUUCUAGAUCCUGAGGUUGACCCCAAGACGUUAUGUCCUUGGUGUGACGAACGGCUACCACCUGUACCGACACCAUAUCUUUCGACUUUGAUUGCCAUCGCCAAACAGGCAUCCUGGCCAGAUCUUCGGCCUUCUAAUUCACUCGGUCUGCGGGCUCCGCUGGGUGCAUUCGUCGGCGUUUGCCAGAGACAUCGCUUUGAAAGCCAUCAGGUACCGCUUGCCAAACGGCGGGGCUGGCCAACGGAGAUUGAGUGGGACCGUGUAGGUGCGCGCGUUGCAGCGCUAAAGCCUAGGUUGCAAGCAAUUCUCGACGACAUUGACGAAGACUUCUUGCCUGGAGCAUCUCGUAAGGAGGAGUACGAAGAAGACGGACAGUACGCUGAUCGGCCCCGGAAAGGCAGCGUAUUCUGGAGAGAUGUGGUCAAGAGCGUGCGCAAGAAAGGCUCUAGGCAGACCGCCGGUGUAGCUGGACAGUUCGCCAGUUUCGAUAAGACGCAACCAGGCUACUAUGGCGAGCUAGGUUACAUGAUCAUCAACCAGACCAUUUACAAUCUCUUCCCUCCUGCUUCAUUUCAUGCCGACUCGACUCUUCCCCUCACUCCUACCGACUUUAUUGCCCUUGUUCUCGUCCCCGAAGCCGCGGUCUCUCUCAUCACGGAGGACAUGAAACAGACUCGACAAGAGGCUAUUGCUACUCUUCGCGAGAGUGCGGAGUAUGGUGUUGCCAUGUUCCCUGAUGACCACGAUAGCGCGGACGCAGUCAGUGCUGGCGAGCGCAUUAUCAUGGAGAGGGCCCGUGUGAGGCGGAAGGAGUUGGAGGAGGCCGGAGACGAAGGAUUCUGGACAUCGAUGGACGAGGUCGAGAGCAGUCAGCUACAGGACGAAGGAAAGCGCAAGGGCAGGCGGCGAAAAGCCCAAGGGAACGAUUCAAGCGAUGACAGCAAGGACGGUGAAUGGGCCGGGACGAGGCAUCAGAGAAAGGCCCAAUCCGAAGUCAGAAAGAACCCACCGAGGCGUGGGCGGUCCAAGGCCGCCACGAGCGACGUGGAUGCUGGAGACGAUGUGGUUAUGUUAACCGACAGCGGUCCUUCAUCGCAACGCACGCCCAAGAAAGGGAUAGCUACUCGUCCGAAGCCAAGGCCCAAGUCAAGGGCGCGCGGUGUCGCCGCAUCUUCCGACAUGGAUAUUGAGUUGCUCAGGGCUAGCUCAGAUGACGAGUCACCUAAACUUACGUCUUGUCCUCGACCGCGGAUCAAGCGACCUCCACCAAGAGCGGGCCAAGAAAGCACGUUAGAGAAGGAGAACGUACCUACGGACUACAGCACGGACUACUCUGAUGCGCAGGAGAUUGAACCUCCCCCGUCAAACCAGCUCAAGCGUCCACCGCGGACACGCCACAUGGACGCGAAAUCGUCUCGGGCUGAGGCGCCUGACGACGACGCUACGCCGCGGCCGAGAAAGAUUUAUCCUGUUUCAUCCCCCCCGUCCGCCGCUGCCACGAGUGGAACCAAGCCAAACGUUUCUUUCCCUCUGAUGGCAGCAAAGGAACGGCGCGCGAAACCGUGA